AUGACUAACUAUUUCUCUCUAGGAAUUGGGAAAGCAAUCGUUGAUAUACUCUUGCAAACAUCGGAAGCCAAAGUUGUUGCCAUUGCAAGAUCACAAGACAUUCUUCAAGAAUUGCAAAACAAAUACGGCCGCGACAGCUUUGAAUUUGUAUCAGGUGACGUGACAGAUGCCAACACUCUCCAAAAGGCAAUUGACGUUGCACUCACUCAAUUUGGACAAAUUGAUUCUGUUAUCGCCAAUGCUGGUGUUUUGGACCCAGUAGGAGCAAUCAACACCACAUCAAUCGAUGACUGGAAAAAGUUAUACGAUGUCAACUUAUUCUCAAUUGUCCAAUUGAUACAACUCAGCUUGCCCGAAUUGAAACGUACACAUGGUAAGGUUGUUGCUGUCAGUUCUGGAGCUGCUACGAAACCGUAUAGUGGAUGGUACGCAUACGGAAGCUCGAAAGCUGCUUUGAACCACAUCAUUGCGUCCUUGGCGGCAGAGGAACCUUCCAUACAAGCGAUUUCCAUAGCUCCGGGAGUAGUUGACACUGAAAUGCAGCAGGAUAUUAGAGAGAAGUUUGGUGCCAACAUGAGCAAAGAAGAGUUGCAACGAUUUAUCGAUUUGCACGAGAAUAAGCAAUUGGUCCCCCCAGAGGAACCCGGUACGGUUUAUGCCAACUUGGCAUUGAAAGGAUGGUCAGACGAUUUGAAUGGACAAUUUCUUCGUUACAAUGAUCCAAAACUUGAGUCCUACAAGUAG